GAGAGGCACUGAGGAGGGAACACACACACUUUUACUGACUCUAAAACACACACACACAGGCACACACACACACUCAUACAAAGACAAGUGGCCUAUUGUACACACAAACACAAUUACACUCACACUUAGCUGGACUCUGGACUGACCUCUGGAGGAUACAUCCCUCAGGACUCUGUUUCCCAUCAUGCACCAGUGGAGCCUCUCAGAGCUCCAGGGGGUCUCCACCCGAAGGACUACCCAGGAUCGAGCCUUGUGGAGCUCCAGGCUGAGGAAGGGGGCCGGUCGCCGGUGCCUUUGCCCGCCGAGGGGAGCCCCUCUCUGGGCAUGGCUCCUGCUGGGGGCCCUGGUGGUUCCUGGAGCCUGGAGCUUUCUGAGCGAGGAGCAGGAGGAGCUGCUGGUGGAGCUUCAUAACCACUACAGAGGACAGGUCUCACCGAGCGCCUCAGCCAUGCUGCCUCUGAAAUGGGACACGAGCCUGAAAGUGAUCGCAGAGGGUUAUGCUGCUAAAUGCGUCUGGAACCACAACCCAGAACUGGAGGACACCGGAGAGAAUCUGUUCGCCGGCACCGGGCCUCUGAACAUCACAGUGGCUCUGGAGAAAUGGUUUCUGGAACGUCUGGACUAUAAUUACCAGAACAACAGCUGUGAAGAAGACAAGAUGUGUGGACACUACACACAGAUGGUGUGGGCAGAUACACACAGAGUUGGCUGUGCCUUCCAUCUCUGUAACAGCAUGGUGGGUCUGGAGUGGGAGAGAGUCUCCUUCCUCGUCUGCAACUACUUCCCAGCGGGGAACUAUGAAGACGAGAGGCCAUUUGAGGAAGGUGACUGGUGCUCCAGAUGUCCUGAAAACCUCCAGAAAUGUGAAAACAACCUCUGUGUUGCUGAGGAGGAAGAGGUGUCGUCGGAGGAGGAGGAGGAGGAGGAGGAGGAUGAUAACGAGGAGGCAGUUGUUCCUUUUCCAACAAUCCAAAUCCCCCCCCUCCUGCCUGAAGAGGAGGAAGAGGAGGAGAUUGUCGUUCCUCCUCCUGCAACCACUGACUCUGAUGUCCAGCCGGCCACAACCACCACUGCUCCCAGUAUCACCACCACCACCCCCUCCUCCGCCCAGGACUCUGAGGAGGCCCAGCCACCUGACAGCUUCGCCCCUGCAGAGGUCCCCUCAACACCACAGGGUGAGGAGGAUGUGGUUGAAGAAAAGAUGGAGGAGGAGGACAAGAAGGAGGAGAAGGAGAUGAAGGAGGAGAAAGAGAUGAAGGAGGAGAAAGAGACGAAGGAGGAGAAAGAGACGAAGGAGGACAAGAAGAAGGAGGACGAGAAAAGAAAGGAAAGUACAGAUAAGACGGAGGAAAAGGGAGAGAGAGACGUAACACGCAACAUACAUGUGAAGACAUAUGUUAUUACCACCAGUGCUGGUUCAGUAUCCUCCUCUUCUCUCCUGCUGGCCUGUCUGACUGCCAUCCUGACUCUCAGGCUGUGAGGAGGAGGAGGAGGAGGAGGAGGAGGAGGAGGAGGAGGAGGAGUACCGCACAUGACCUUGUUAACCCGCCCUGUGGUAACCCCCCCACCCCUGCAGAGUAAUAUGGGUCAAUUAAUAAUUCACACUCAUCAGAAAACAGCUGCAACGUUUGCAACAUCUGCACGUAGUCCGGGGCGAUAUCUGGGUCACAUAACGUCUACGUAACCUGCAUGGAAUACAAAAAUAUUACUGCCAGUCACUGAUGUGAACUAUACAUGUUCAUGAAAAGGAAACAUUCACAGCUUCAGUUCGGAGGAUCUUCUGACGGUGAUCUGAGAGGAUAGAUGAGGGUUAAUGAGGUGAAGCUGUGAUUUUGAUCCUUUCCAUCAGAACCGAUCACAGACAGCAGCCUUUAAAUCAUCAGUGCUUAUUCACCUCCUAGUUUGGCCUGAGAAAGACUUUAAUGCUCUGCGGGACAAAAAAUGUACAAGACUGAGAAAACAUGAGAAACCAUUUUGGUCAAUCAGCCAGUGAGAAACUUUGAGUUGAAUGAACGAGGCACCAUCUUGGAUCAUAGAGAACAACCACCAGUCACCAGAAGAACAUGUUGGCAUUGUACGUUUCUAUAAACUACAAUACAUUUGUAGAGGGGGGGGGGGGGUGAAUGGCGUGACACCCAGGUGAGAUGCCUGGUUGUGUUUCUCGAAUCACUCUUGUGUUUCCAGCAGAGGCUCCGCCCCCCAAAAAGAAUAUUUUAAACCAAAACAUUUUUUUUCCCAAACCAUAACCAAGCAGCCCAUUUUCAUUUCAAACUUCAAAUGCCGCGGUAUGACACACUGCCAGGCAGCAUCAGUUUGUCACGCGGCCUGACAGAGUCUUUCUUGGUGGUAUGAUAUGCCGCUGGUCAGCCGGCCGGCACCUGUCACAGCAGUAUGAUGAGCAGACAGGAGGCGUCAGUUUAAAAUGCAGCCAGGAACUACGUAAUAUAAGGAGCUGGCGGGCAGCAGGAGUGGUGGGUCAAACAAACCCUGGACUUCCACCCGGGAGGCCGAUGUUUGUGACCCGUGUGAUAGUAGAGCCAAACCAUGAAGUUUUUUUUUCCAAACCUAACCCCAUGCUUGUGUUGCACAAAGAAAUAAAUACCAACGUAAGUUUAUUUUGAAAGGGUCAUCAUCUAAUGAGCAGAAACUGUAACCUGGAAAUCCAGAUGCCCCGCCCCCAGCAAGUUCAAAUGUGCACUGCACGGGGAUCUGGCCCCGACGAGCAGAGCCCACUGAAUCGCCAUAGGACCAAUCAUAUCAGUCUAUCUCACAGAGGCGGGCUCUGUACGGGCGUAACAUGAUGAAGACAAUGCUGCGCCACAGGAGUCGUAAAGUAAACAGCCAAGAUGGCAGCUGACCGCGUCCAUUCAGUUUAGCUUUGGAAGAAACGCUAAGCCAACUACACUUAUCUUUUUCCUUGAGAGAGGAACAGAAGACUGCCAUAGAGGCCUUCGCUUCCAGGAAGGACGUUUUUAACGUUUUGCCGACGAGAUACAGCAAAAGCAUAAUAUAUCAGUUAGCCCCACUGGUCAGCAAACAAAUGGGGCUUAGUGCAAUGAAUACGUCACCUUGUUUUUUGCUCUGAUUGGCCAUCGUGCUAUCCAAUUGCGCAUGGCGGCAUUUAAGAUGCCUCAGUUAGUGCCGCCCCUUGGAUAGGAAGGAUGCACUGGUGAGGGCCAGACUCAAAAUCUUUCUGGAUUUGAGUCUGGAUUUCCAGGCUACAGAAACUGUAGAUUUCCUGUGGUUUUGGAGACAUAUUUAGAAAAGACACAAUGUCCCUGCACGUCAACAACAAAUGCAAUCUAGUGCAUAACAUGUAGACGUAAACAGCACUGACAAAGCAGCGAUAUUCAACAAGUUAGGAUGAGAACGUGUUGAACCAAGUGGGAGUUUUAGCCUAACGCUGACCACGUGUUAACCACAGUUUUACUGAAACAUAAAGUUUCUUCUACACAAUAACCAAUCAGCAGCCGCCAGGGCUGAAAAAUGAAGCAACAAAAAAAAGGCUAAUUUCAGGGCUAAUUUCACCUAAAUAUGGUCCAUGGCUCCAAAAUUCAAGAUGGCGACGGCUGAAAUGGUGAAUUUGAGGCUUCAAAACAUGAGUCUGUAAACAAAUUGGUCACAGUUGCUACGUCCAUUAUUUUUACAGUCUAUGAUAAUAACGUAACAUAUCCACGGUUUCCACAAACUUACAAUGCCAACAUCUUUUUCUGACAGUUAGGUUGGAACCACGUCCGACUGGAUUCAGAGCUCUGGAGCCAGGCUAACUGUUUCCCCUUGUUUCCACUCUUUGUGCUAGGCUAGGCUAAUGAUAUGCACAUCAUACCUUGAACUGUAAGCAUGUAUAAAUUCUCUCAUCUGCUUCAACUCUUUGUGAAACCUCGGACAGGUUAAUUUCCCCAAACUCCUUAAAGUAUUCCUUUAAUGUGAGAGCAACGUUUAGAUCUUCAGGCCUGAAGCUCAGAGUCAGUUCAUCUCUUUUACCUGAAGGGGUUAAAGUUUAUCAUGAAGUGAUGCUGUUUUGUUGUGACACCAUCACAAAAUGACUAAUACAAUACUGAAGCAGUCUGAUAACUCAUGAAGCUUUACCGGCACAGAUGUGCUCAGUUACAGACGCAGGACGCUAAAAAAACAAACGUCUGUUUGCUUCGUGACAUUAAAACGUUUAAUUUGCUGUUUGUCUGUAAACAUACUGAAUUAUGGGUGAUCUCAGAAACACAUAGCUUUUGUACUGAAAACCAAAAACAGUUGAAGUGCUGUAAAGAGAGGUUACUCACAUGAUGUCAGACCGCCUCCUCGUAUUUCUGUCUGCAGGGCGUCCCACGGCGGUCUCCUUAACCCUACAGUAUCAUCUCAUGUGGAAGGACCUCUGUAAAGAUCAAGUUAAAGCAACAGUUUAUUGUGUGUUUAGUGUUUAGUGAAUGCAGGAGAAACCAUUGCUGAACUGUGUUUGUUGUGUUUCAUACUGACGACCCUGCUUCUUCUUCACUAUAUAUAUCUACUGUACAUCAUUUACUCUCUCAGACUGGAGCUACACCUGGACACAGUCUCUAAUAAUUGACGUGAUCUCUGUUACACUGUCGUAGACAACAGGAAGUUACCAUAACCACCGUCAAUAACUUUAGCAACGAUUGCUGUAAAUGUCUGUAUAUAAGAUUAAUAAAGAAAUAAACCUUAUUUCUUCUUUUUGACA